CGCAUGCGGACUGGGAGCCCCAGUGCCACCGCCCAUCAGCUGAGAACCGUAGCGGGGGGCUCUGGGGCCCGUGGGUGCCCACGGCCAGAGGAGGAGAAGGAGGAAGCCGAGGAGGUUGUGGUGACUGCUUAGAGAACUGUCCAGCCCGCCAACAUCUGAUGAAAUUAGUGAAUAAGCGAAUCAGCUAUGUCUUACACUCCGGGAGUUGGUGGUGACCCCGCUCUACUGGCCCAGCGUAUUUCUUCUAACAUCCAGAAGAUCACACAAUGUUCUGCAGAAAUACAGAGGAGUCUGAAUCAACUUGGAACACCUCAAGAUUCACCUGAACUGAGGCAACAGCUGCAACAGAAGCAGCAGUAUACUAACCAACUUGCCAAGGAAACGGAUAAGUACAUUAAAGAGUUUGGCUCUCUGCCCACCACCCCCAGUGAACAGCGUCAAAGGAAAAUACAGAAGGAUCGCUUAGUGGCUGAAUUCACAACAUCACUGACAAAUUUUCAGAAGGUCCAGAGGCAAGCUGCAGAGAAAGAGAAGGAGUUUGUUGCUCGAGUAAGAGCUAGCUCCAGAGUGUCCGGUGGUUUUCCUGAGGACAGCUCCAAGGAAAGGAAUCUUGUAUCCUGGGAAAGCCAAGCUCAACCUCAGGUGCAGGUGCAGGAUGAAGAAAUCACAGAGGAUGACCUCCGCCUUAUUCAGGAGAGAGAAUCUUCUAUUAGGCAACUUGAAGCUGAUAUUAUGGAUAUUAAUGAAAUAUUUAAAGAUUUGGGGAUGAUGAUCCACGAACAAGGAGAUGUGAUAGACAGCAUAGAAGCCAACGUGGAGAAUGCAGACGUGCACGUUCAGCAGGCAAACCAGCAGCUGUCAAGGGCAGCAGAAUAUCAGCGCAAAUCCAGAAAAACCCUGUGCAUCAUCAUUUUCAUCAUUGUCAUCGGAGUUGUAAUUCUCGGUCUCAUCAUAUGGAAAGUCAAAGGCUAAAUUAUAAAGGAGCGCGCUAUUGCACUACAUUCUCUAAAUUAUGUAGGAAGAUUCCUAUAAUCAUGGGGCUUUUGUAUUAUUAUUUUUAAGUUACUCCAUUAAGGAUGGCUCCCAGACUUCAUUAUUUUCAUUUGGGGGGAGAUUUUCCUUUGGAUUCAAUCUGGUAUUUUCUAACACUGAAAGUUUUUCUCAGUAUGACUGCUGGCAUUACUUCCACACUUUUCAGUCUAAUAACUGUGAGGUUCUGUCCACAUUGUAGAUGCCUUUCACUUAUAAUUUAUUUACCUGUUGACUUAGUUCUUGGAAUCAGUAAAUGUAAAGGUGUGCAUGUGUUUCAUGGGCGUCUGUCUCUCACAGAGUGAUGUAUACCCAGAUUUGGGUUCCUUCAAUUAAAAAUCUCAAAUUUAAUUUCGAUUUGGGCCAGCAAAGGAAAUAGUCAAUAAUUUAAAAAAAAAUUAUCAUACCUGUUUGUGGUGUUUAGUUUGUUUGUUUGUUUGUUUUCCCUGGUUCAUAGCAGCACAAAUUACCUAUUUAACUUUUCUUGUUGGUUUUCUUUUAAGACCCUUGUUUACUCUAAAUGAAAUCAGUGAAUAAUUUCCUAGAGUAUCUCAUACUCCCGAUGUGUAUAUAUUAAGCAUUUGCUGUAGAUUGCCUAGUAAAAUACUAAGGAUAGAUUGUUUUUACAUAGGCCCUGUGUAAGUCUGAUGUUUGCUGGGGAAUGUGUAGUCACUAUAAAUGUUUAAUUUGAAGGAAGAGUAUGAAAAAUCCAUACUUACUGCAUUAGGAAUCUGAAGACCCCACCUUAUUAUUCUGUUGUAUACUUCCACAGCUAUUACUGUGGAAAAUAAGUUACCUUAAGUCCUUUAGAGUAAUGGCUACAUGUUUAUCCUUGGAUCAGAAUUACUUUGGGGAAGGAACUUUCCCAGAAUUAUUGUUUUUGAGCACUAACACUUAAAAUUUAAUAUUACCUUGCAUACCAUUUUGUACCUUCCUUCAUUAGAAAACAACUUGGAUCUUUGCCAAUUAACUCACUUGCUUUUUUAAAUCAAUGUUGUUUUAAUGCACUAAUCUGAAUACUGUAAAGAGGAUUAUCUUAGUUUACAGUUUGUAUUUUAUAACGUUCUUACAUAGCAGUUGGAUAGUGAAGUCAGUGUUUUACAUGGCAAAGCUAUGAGACUUCAAAUGGGAACAAAUAAAAUACUACAUGAGUAAAUUGUAUCUUUGCAACCAAAAUAAAGAUGAUUUUAAAAGUGUUUGGAUAUUUCUGUUUCAUGAGGACCCUGCUUCUGUGGGACCAACACUUGACGCAAUCACACAGCAGCCCUUCUGUCUUUCUGGAGUACUGGUUGAUUCAGUGUUUUAUUUUGGCAAUCUUCAAAGUUCUGCUGCUAGCAGAAGCUGCCUUGCGUGUCAGCAAAAUGCCGUUUUUUUAAUUUUCCACAAGAGACUGUAGAAAAUUUUCUUGGGAGUUAGUGAUUGGAAACUUUGAGGCUUGGUGUUUACCAAAUUAGUCUGCUUUAGUGAACAGGAUGGGCCAGGCCGGAAGAGGAAUUUGUACAAAUGCUACCGGUGCUGAGGUCAGUGCAAGCCCAUCAGGCCUGAUUGAACACGUUCUUUCUCUGUAAGAGCUCAGAGAAGCAUGUGAUAAAGCAGUAUCUUAUAGCAACAGAAAACUCCUAGUGGUGCCCACAAAUCAGUUCAGGGUUUUUUUGCACAGUUGUACUUGAUAAAAUGUUUUAUUUCAUACAAGCAAGUACACUUAGGCUAUCCACUUCAUAAUGAACUCCCAAUAAUAGCAAAGCACUUAAUUUUUUUUUUUUUGCAUGAUUUGGGCAUCUUCAUUUAAAGUGUAAUAUUUUAUAAAUUAUUUUACCUGGGACACAAAUCAAUAAUUAAGAACAAGAACUUUAGUGGCAUGCACUCUUACAAGAAACAUUGCUGUUUGAAGGCAAUUUUUAUCCCAAAAUAUUUGGAACACAAAGAGUAGGCUUGAUUUGAAAAAAAUAAAAGUAUAAAGCAUAGCCACAAUAGCCAAGAUUUUCAGGUUCUCGAAGUUCUCCUUUAGGCCAGUUUUCAAAUCACUUUGAAAGGUGAAGCUCACACUAUGGGAAAUAAAAUUGAAGCUGUUUUUAUGACAGCAAAUUUGAAUCAGCCCAACUGAGUCUCAAACUGAAGUUUCCCCGUCACGCAACACAUCUUGUUUAUUUUAAUGUGCUCCAAAGACCUUCUUGAACAGCGCAGGCUGAGAUCAGCCAGGCUCUGUGUGGAAAUGAAUGACAAUGUGGCAUGAAGUGUCUGACUCCUGUCCGGAUCAUUAAAUACAGAAAUGUUUGGGUUUUGCACAACUGCUGAUGAUAAAAAAUAACAGGUUGCCAUUUCAACAAUGAAGCUUGUUUGUUAGUGGGCAUGGGUUCGGUUCUAGAAAAACAGACGUGUGGGCACAGACAGAACUCGAUCGAGGCCAGCAGACUGUGAAGGCAGUAGCCAGAGUCAGGCCUCUGAACCCUCUGCGUGCCCAGCAUCAUCGGUGGUGGCGUCUGACAACACCGCGUCUCAGAGAGAUUGCCAUCGGCGCCUUCACCGUCGUCGCUGCUUAAAAAAAAAAACAGUAACAUUUUGUACACACAGAAAAACCAUGUUUUGAAUAUCAAUGUUUUUCAACAAAUUUAUAAUGAAAAAUGAUUUUUGAAGACUUUUGUUCCGUGAAAUUAGUCUGUGCUUUAGCAAGUAAAGAGCAGAACAGUGUUUCUAGUUGUUGUAAUUUUCGUUUCUGUGUGUAGAGAAAAGAGCACAAUAAAAGAUAAAACGUGUCUAAA